GUGGACGGGUGUGGGUGAUGGAGGAGGAAGAAGGGUAGAGGGUGGUUCGCUAUGGCGGACGGGUGUGGGUGAUGGAGGAGGAAGAAGGGUUGAGGGUGGCCGGCUAUGGUGGACAGGUGUGGGUGAUGGAGGAAGAAGAAGGGUUGGGGAGGUCCAGCUAUUAAGGAUGGACGUGGGUGAUGGAAGAGAAAGGAGGGUUGAAGGUGACCGGCUAUGGUGGACGGGGUGUGGUGAUGAAGGAAGAAGAAGGGUUGGUGGUGGUUGGCUAUGGUGGAAGGGUGUGGGUGAUGGAGGAAGAAGAAGGCUUGGAGGUGGUCGGCUAUGGUGGACGGGUGUGGGUGAUGAAGGAAGAAGAAGGGUUGGAGGUGGUUGACUAUGGUGGACGGGUGUGGGUGAUGGAGGAAGAAGAAGGGUUGGAGGUGGUUGGUUAUGGAGGACGGGUGUGGGUGAUGGAGGAAGAAGAAGGGUUGGAGGUGGUCGGCUAUGGUGGGCGGGUGUGGGUGAUGGAGGAAGGAGAAGGGUUGGGGAGGUCCGGCUAUGGAGGACGGGUGUGGGUGAUAGAGGAAGGAGAAGGGUUGGGGAGGUCCGACUAUGGACGACGGGUGUGGGUGAUGAAGGAACAAGAAGGGUUGGAGGUGGUUGGCUAUGGUGGACGGGUGUGGGUGAUGAAUUUGACAAAUCAGAGAGGACAUGGUUCGGGCUACAGCAAGACGCUCAACAUUACCCAGAACUCGCAGAACGAAGCAGGGACGACAACGAAGGGAAUGAUUGAGGCAGAAAUCCGAUGCCAUUGGAAAAGAAUGAAAGAUGCGGAAAAAGUCGUAAGACCGCCCCGCGAUGAAACCUUUGUUGAGUUUCAGAGUUGCGGACUCGACAAGUACGGCCAGGUGGAACUUGAGACCGCACUAAAGUUCCGAUGGGACAGCCUGCCAAGUGUGUGGCACUUGCGUCAAGCCCGACUGCUAGAAACUAGCAACACCCUCUUGGAAAACAUUCAAGUCAUGGAAACUGAAGAAGAGCUUGCUGAUGAACUGUGGUUGUCAAAGAGUGGGAGGAUCAGCCCAGAGGGCCAUGGAUGGAGCGGAAGCACCAUGCCAGCAGGAUCAACAGAUGUCGAAGACAGAAAUGUGGCAGAAGGGGAAGACGAAAAUAUGGAGCAGCUUGAAGGUGGCUCUAAGCGGAGAACAAGUGAGGCCAAACCCUCAAUCGAUAUGGAUAAGCUAACUGCGACAUGGCAACGUGUAGGCGGCGAUUCUCCAGAGGAUGCAGCUGCGCUGGAGAAAGUUGCUGACAACAGGGUUUUCAUUAACUGCCUUGAUGUCGAAGACAUUAAUGCGGACAUCACAGAGUCGAACGAUCAAAAGGUCAUGAUGAUGAAUGGAUUGUGCCAAUCUCGCAAGGACAUCUUUGCGGUCAAGUGGCAGUUGCAGAAGCAAGAUCUACAGCUUGAGCAGCUCCGACAGGAAAUCCAAGAGCUGCAACUUUUCAGGGGUACAAAAGAGAUUCUUCAGUCCUUGAGAACCGAGCAGGAUAUAAUAAGAAACACAGAGGCUGUUCGGCUAGAACACCAGCUUCAUGCAGACCAGGCAAUCAAGGUUGCAUGGAUUGAAAAGUCGGAAAAGUUCGUUAAAGAGCGUGGAGUGCGGAUCAAGAGAAGUAUGGAGGAAAACAGAGAGUUCAAGCAGAAGCUUGACCAAGCAGAGGCGGCGUUGAAAGAGUGCAGUCGUGUGGCGAGCAUGCGUAUACCACCUGCUCUUGGAGAGAACAGCCCAGCGCGGCAGUGGGCACGGUUCCUGGCACUGAUGUCAUGCAGCGAGCUGAAAGAUAUUAUCAAAACUCAGAAGGAGGAGUUGGAUGAGGUGCGGCAAAAAGCGCUGGCUCUAAGGCGAAAGAGUUUUCCUUUCAUCGAUCAAAAUCAGACCACUCGACGGCGACCAGUCUCAGCCUCUGUCAACAAGCGCCGUCCAAUGUCAGCUGUGCCCGUGUACCAGCGCCGUCCAGGAACUUCGCCAGCUGCAUUUUCCUCCCGUAAUCGCCCGGUUUCAGCAGGAGCUUGACCGCACACUUUUGCAAUGCAAAGUUGUGCAAACAGUGGACAAGGGAUGGCAAGUUAUGGAAACAGUAGAUCCCGGAUGGAAAGUUAAGUUUUGAAAACACUGGAUAAGGGACGGAAAGUUGUGGAAACAGUGGAUAAGGGAUGGAAAGUUGUGGAAACAAAGUUGUGGAAACGGUGGAUAAACACAUCUAGAUGUG